AUGAAUGCUGGAGACGUGGUCUAUGUGCAGUACCAUGCAGAUCCGGGAGUUUUCCAUACUAGGUUGCUGGCGGAUCAGGUGGAUGGAGAUGAAUGGAUGAUCAUUACCCCGGACCGGGACAUCUACCCUGAACUUAUGGAUCCAUCCAAUGGGGAUUUCAGCCGAAUGUAUCAUGCGUCAGAUGGUAGGGUGCCUAGACAGGUGCCAGUCAAUCAGGUGUAUUCUUUUGCGCCAAUGGAUGCCAGGCAAUAUGGAGAUCUCUUGAGGGCCGGAAGGCAAGCAGCCGCCGCCGAGAGGGCACGACGAGGCCUUAACGUGGCGGCUCCUCCGGCUGUACCUGGCCCGGCCCCUGCCGUUCAAGGGGCGGCAGCUGCAGUGGCUGCCGGUGGAGCGGUACCCCCAUUGCCUGGAGGCGGUCCCACGACAUGGGUUGCCCUCGAAGACGGGGACAACAUCAAACGUGGAGAUGUCCUUGCCGUGGAUCCUGGACCUCUUCCACUCGGCCAUGUCAUCAUGGGCACUCGGGCACUGGUGCCUUCCGGGACGGAUUUCAUCACCGCAAAAAAGGUGCUCCCAGAUCAGGUGCCGCUUCUCAGGUUCGACGAUAUCAGGGUGUUACCGGUGCAGUUCGAUGCGCAGGGGAUUCGACGGAGGGAGUUCAAUAGCGCCGCCUCUUUGCUACAUGACACAGUUCCUCAAGGUGGGGGCCUCCAGUUGCAAGGCCCGGCGUCACUGAUCAACGUGGUCAAGAUGAUGCGUGAUCAAAACUUCACCCCGGCGACCUUCCAUGAGUACUGGAUCCGAUCAUCUGAACUGGCCAAGGGGGAUCGUUCCGUGUAUGAACAUGAAUGUUUAUCCCGGAUCCUUGAGUCGAUGCUGACUGUCGAUCAGCUCAAUGCUCCGGUCCUACAAUCGGCUGAACUCCUGGUGCGCCGGAUGCAGGUGAUUAGGGAGGCACACAGAAUCUCGCCAUCGGCCCCGGACUACUCCGCGGCCGACUUGUUCAUGGGAUGGAAGUAUCGCAGAUCUGGGCAAGGAGUCGAUGCAGGCUUAGCGGCACAUGUGGCUACGGAGCUGAAGAACGAAGCAGCGAUCUCCAAAGAGGCGGAGAUGGGGGAGGCGCCACCCAUACAUGAAGCACGUGGUGGCACCUGCUGGGGGUUGCCUGGGCCAGCAAUUCAGGACUUGGCGACAAGAACGCUUCUGCAAUCCAGCCUCUCCUACUCGGAGGAGGCACAAACGACAGUCCGUCCUUACAACCCCGACUUAGUCUCUCUGCCCAAGGUGGGGUCCAGCCCGCCUCCACUUCGGGACCUGGUGGACGACUUUGGUCGUGAUAUCUUGGAGGACCCGGUGGGGAACAUGAUGAUCUCAGCCGAUGAAUGGGGCACGAAGGUAGAGAGUGGCAGCGUGGUGCAACCAUACAUGGACAUCGUCCUAAAGAAUGACAAUGGAAAGUAUGUGCAGUUUGUUCACAAGCUCUUCUUGGGGGGCAUGAUUUCUUUCACGGAUAGCCCUCAGGACCUUAUCACGCCCUUCUUUGUCGCAAAGAAAAGUGGCAAGCUCAGAUUAGUUUUGGACUGCCGUGGUGUAAAUCAGCGAUUCAAGCAACCUCCCUCAAUGAUGAUGGCGGCCGGAGCGUCGUGGGCACAGGUGGAAAUUCCCAACAAUGAGUCUCUCUAUAUUGCACAAAGUGAUAUCACAGACUAUUUCUACUCCCUGGAACUACCCGGCGAACUUCGGUCGUAUUUCAGUUUACCUGCCAUUCCCUAUGAGGCUUUGGAUGCUUGGGGUGUUCCGGUCCAAGAUCGCCCUCCUCAUGGCCGCGAAGGACUGAUCUUCCCAAGCUUCAGGGUCAUCCCGAUGGGUUGGAGCUGGGCCAUGUAUUGGGCUCAAAGAGUCCAUCAGCUCCAAGCACUACGGGGUGCAGGUUUAACAUCAGAGCGGCUGCUGGUCUCUGGCAAACCGGCGCCAUCCUUAGAGGAUGGCACGCCGUUGGUGAUUGCAUACGCCGAUAACUUGAACAUCGCGGGCACAUGUCCAGAAAGGGUGCAAGCUGCGAAAGAUGGUGCCGUAUCACACCUUAGGUCCCUCGGGUUUGGCGUUCACGAAGAGCUUGAUGCAUGCACCUCAGCGGCUUCGCUGGGAUUUAUCGUGGACGGUGUGAGUGGCAUCGUCAAGCCUGUUCCAGAAAAGGUCGGGCGAGUGAUCGCUGCGUUCCGAUGGCUGAGCAGGCGCCCCAGGGUGAACGGCAGGGCGAUUGAGAAGCUGAUCGGUCAUGCGGUCCACUUCAUGUUGCUUCGUCGGGAAAUGUUGUCGUGCAUGCGGAGCCUCUAUGAUUUUGUGCAGACCAGCUACCGCGCCAGGCGGCGACUUUGGAAGUCAGCUGCCCGUGAAGCGGGAUGGGUAGCUAGUCUGUUGCAAGUUUGCCAUGCUGACCUCCGGAGGGGUUGGGAUGACCAGGUCACUAGUUCCGAUGCCUCUUUGAGUGGAAUGGCGGUCAGUUGCAGGCUUGCUGAUUCAGAGGAGGUUGCACGGCUCUCGAGGCAACAUGAGGGGUGGCGUUUCAAGACCAGAGAUUUUUCGGCGCCCAGACAAAGAGCCUUGGGAUCGGAUGAGCCACUCGACCCGUUCAGCCAUAUUGACACAGUGAAGCCGAAAGCAGUGCUUCCAGAGGAUCCUUUCGCCAUUGAUGCAGACUUCGCGGAGAUUCCUGUAUCAUUCAUGAAUAGCUGUGAUUGGCAUGAUUUAUUCGCCGUCAGAUUUCAACAUGCGGAGCCCAUCACGGUUCUUGAGUCCAGAGGGGUCGUUGCGGCAAUUAAGCACAAGCUCAGAUUGGUCAGAAACUUCAGUAGACGGCAUCUUCAUUUGAAUGACAACUUGGCCAAUGUGUUGUGCUGCGAGAAGGGAGAUGGGAACAUGAACGAAAAGGCCUCGAAGCGAGGUUCAAGCAAGAAGGUGGCCGACAACAAUCCAGAUCCGCAGGUUGCCAACUUGGAAGUGCCUUGUCUGAAGGCCGCCUCUCCAACAUCAGGCACAUCGCUGAUGGAUCGGCGAGCGACAGUUCGGCGAGCCUUGCAAGGAGCAUCGAAGCCCGAGCGAGCCACGAAGAGACAGAAACUCAUCGAGAAAAGCCAGCUGCCAAGGUUUCCGGGGCAGACGUUCUUGGAGCAAGCAGCAAUCUCUGGACAAGUCGCACAGGACUAUGCCCACAGGGUGGCUCAGUUUGCGAGGGCCAUGAUGAUCCCAGAUAUUCAUGUUCUGACCAUGCCGAAGUUGGACGAGUACUUGAGCACAUUUCUCAACAACAUGUUUUCGGAAGGCGCCGACAUUUCAGAAGGAAACAAGACCUUCGCCGCCGUGUUGGACGCCAGGCCAGGCUCUUCCCAAGCGGAACAGCUGCCGAGGUCGAGAAGAUGCUUGAAGGGCUGGGUAAAUCUGGAUCCGGGGGCCACGCGACCACCGGUUCCAUUUCAGCUGAUAGCCCUGAUCGUUGUCACUAUGUUGCGACAAAGCAUGGGCCAGGCCGCACUACUCAUCUUGAUGAUGUUCAGUGCUUAUUUGCGGCCGGGGGAAGCGCUGUCACUUUGGGCAGAGGAUGUAGUGUUCCCAACCAGGACGGUGAAAUCCUUUGCGAUCAAUCUGCAUCCCCUGGAUCGUCUAGAAUCCAGCAAAACAGGCCUUUCAGACGAGACUGUGCUGCUGGAUUCCACAGUGCUUCCCCAGCUAGGUCCUAUGUUGGGGCGGUUAGCGAGACAGCGGAAAGGCAAUCCUCUGUUCGACCUCGACUACGCCAAACUUCUAGCAGUAUGGCAUCAAGUGCUCCGCCAGCUCAAUCUGCCGCAAAACUUUGCGGUUCUUUAUCAGAUGAGGCACUCCGGUCCCAGCCACGACCGUCUGCACCAGCUAAGGACAGCUCUGGAGGUCAAGAUGCGAGGACGUUGGGCCAGCGAUGCCAGCGUCAAAAGGUACGAGGCCCACAGCAAGCUCUCUCUGGAAUUUCAGCGUCUCCCAGACAGCAUUCAGCGUGCGUCUCUGGAAGCCGAGAAGAGCCUGCCGUCCCUGAUGGCAAAGUGUUCCUUUCGCAUCUAG